GUGGCGGGCGGCAAGGCGGGGGGGGGCCGGUCGCGGAGCGCCCAGCCGCGGGCGGCGGGCGGCGGGAGCGGCGGCGGCUCGGAGGAGGAGGAGCAGCGGGACGGCGGGUCGCUCUUCCUGGUGAACAAGAGCGGCUUCCCCAUGGACGGGCAGACCUGGGAGCGGAUGUGGGGGCAUGUGGAGCGGGUGCACCCCGACGGCGGCGCCGUGGUGGCGGCCAUCCGGAGCGCCGCCCGCCUGGCCCGGCCCUCAGUGCCACCGGUGCCAAACUACAAGCUCUCCAUGUCGAUCCCAGAAUGGCUUCAGGCAAUACAGACCUACAUGAAGAUGCUGCAAUACAAUCACACAGGAACACAGUUCUUUGAGAUUAGAAAAACCAGACCUCUGAGUGGGUUAAUGGAGACGGCAAAAGAAAUGACCAGGGAGUCCUUGCCUAUCAAAUGCCUUGAAGCAGUUAUCCUGGGAAUCUACUUAACGAACGGGCAGCCCUCUGUGGAACGAUUCCCCAUCAGCUUUAAAACCCACUUCUCAGGGAACUAUUUUCAUCAUGUGGUGCUUGGGAUUUACUGCAACGGCCGGUACGGCUCGCUGGGCAUGAGCAGACGAUCAGAUCUGAUGGACAAACCUCUAACUUACCGAACUCUGAGCGACCUCAUCUUUGAAUUUGAAGACUCCUAUAAAAAGUACUUGCAUUCAGUCAAAAAAGUAAAAAUUGGAUUAUAUGUCCCGCACGAGCCGCACAGCUUUCAGCCCAUUGAGUGGAAACAGCUGGUCCUCAAUGUAUCCAAAAUGAUGCGCACAGAAGUCAGGAAGGAGCUGGAGAAGUUUGCCAGGGAUAUGAGGAUGAAGAUUCUGAAACCCUCAAGUGCUCACUCUCCAAUGAAAGAGAGAUCACGGGGUAAGUCGUUGUCCCCUCGCCGAAGGCAAGCCAGCCCUCAGAGACGGGUGUGCAGAAGAGACAAAUCGCCGGCGGUGGUGGACAAGAAAGGAGACCUGGCUACGCUCAACGAGGUAGGCUACCAGCUCCGCAUCUAACAAAGCCAUAUGCCGGACAGAGGGCUUCCCUGGUGCUUCCUGCUGCACUUUACCUGCACUCCGUUGGAAGGAAAAAGGAAUGGGACUAUUUAUGAACUUGUGGACUCUUACAAUAGAAGUUUUACCUAGGAAACAGAAGGGGGGAAUUUUUUUUUUUGGUGGCAAUAUUUAUUUGGUUUCAAUUUAUAGAAAAGGCAUCAGCGAAAAGAACCGAAAAUUGAGUUUGCCAGGAUGUGAGAUUUUUUUUUUUUGUUUUCCCUCCAUCGUGUAGCAGGUGACUCCAGUGGUGUGAGAGUUUCUUCAAACUUCCCUGUGCAAAUAUUAAUUGAAUUUGCGCAUUGUGCAGGGUAAUAGCAUUGGGAUAACUGAGAAAUCACCUUCUUAGUGUUAAGAUGUGCUGAGGUGCAGUGCAGUUAAAAAAAAAAUCAUAUUCAGUAUUAAUAUUUAAUUCAGCAAUAAGAACAAGCAGUGCAGAAGUGGCAUAAGUUUUUAAAGUAUCAACAUUACCUCACUAAACUUAACAGAUAUGCAAAACUGUCAGUAUUAUUGUUUUGUAACUAAUUUGUACUGUUUCCCAGCAUUUCUGGUAGUAUUAAAACAGCACUGGAUGCUUUACUGCCACCUGUAUUAUUAUUCUGUGCAUGUUGCUGAAAGAUGUUAAGUAAUAGUAAUAUACAAGUGUAUUCUUAAACACUGACAUUGUAUUGGGCAAGCUAUGAGGUUUGGGGUUUUUAAAAUUAUGAUUGAAUAAUGAAUUUUUAAACUUUCCUAUUUUUUUUAUACUUUGUCACAAGCUUUUAGUCUUUCCGGACUACACUGCUGAAGCACAAAAUGUAGAGAUUGCUGUUUUGUAGAGUUAAGUGUUCACCUAUUAGUCUGUUUUUCUCCUGUAUGUUCCUGGAAUAAUGGAAAAAAUGUCAGAAUUGCUAACCUGAGUCUAUAUCCUUUUCUUUCAGCAUUUGCGUGUAACUUUGAACCUUGUAUUUGAAAGGCUGAGCAGUCUAAGAUGGUGUUGCCUUGACAUCUUAUAUUAAGAUCAGACAUUGCAGGCUGAAGUUAACCUUCUGCCAUGCUGCUCUAGGGAGUUUUUCCUGUAUGUGUUGUAGGAACAGCUGCUUAGUCAGACCUGAAUAAGGAAGCUCGUAUGUCUGAAAUAGCUGAAAAUUCAAGCUUGUCUGCUUCCUCCCUACUCAGUCCUUUUGUUCUAAGACGUGGCUAAGGACCUGUGAUGGACAGCAGUGUUCUCAAGUGACGCGGUAAGACUUUCCUUGGGGUCUGCCCUUUGUGUCAGUGGAAGCAUUUUUGUGCUGCAUUCCUGAAAAUAUUUCAUUAGGUGCCUAAAUAGAAACUGGAUUAUUGUACAAGUCCAGCCUCUACCCUUUGUGCUGUGCUUAUAGAUGAUACUGCCAUGAGACUUGUGUACCUCCCCUCCUGGGCAAUUACUUUUUUGGGAUCUUGCUGAAGAUGGGGCAUUGUAACACAGUGACAGUAACACCCACUUGGACUGAAUGGUUUAAGCUCCUGGAGCUCUUACUGACAGCAACCAGGAACUGAACGGAUACAGGAGGAGAUGACUGCUUGUACACAGACCUCGUUGCUCAAAAAGUCAAUGAAUCUCACCUACCUAGGACAGGAAGACAACACUGAGACCCAGCAAUCUUCUACAACCAGUGAAUGGCUUUCUACUACUUAAGACUUCAUAAGGUCUAGAAAGAAGACUUUUUAAAUGUAUUACAUGUCUUUAUACAAGAUUACUGUAUCAAUUACAGGGAGGCCUUUCCCAUCCCUCUUUCUGAAAACUUUUCCACUUGUGUGUUUACAGUAGGAUUUGUUUUUUGGUUCAGGAGUGAAAUUGAAGGGAGGGAAAUACUCUUUUGGUAGAAAUUCUUGUGAAAUUGGACAGCUGCGAAGUUUUGGUUUUAAACUUGCUGCUUAGUAUCUUUUGACCUAAACACUUUCUUUCCUGUAUCCCUUAGAUUUCUUAUGGGUAAAAUGAAGUGAAAAACUUACUUUGAUAUCGUAUAGCACAAGGCUAUCUGGUAUGUUGCAAGUUUUUGUUUUUAAUGAAACCAUGGUUUACUUCAAGUAAUGGUGGUUGGUAUACAGUUUUUACCAUUGUCCAGCAUAAUUUGAGUUACUUUCUCUUAAUGUCCAACUUAAACUGAAACUUUUUAAUGCUGUAGAGGUGUGUGACAAAUUGGUUUUGGUUAUUGUUUUGAAAUUCAGCUGAAAUAUUCUCUUGAAACUUGCUUAUGGUGGCAUUUGUUUUAAGUGUGGUUCUAGUGACUUCUUACUGCAAAGUGGUCGAAUAGUGUAGAAAACAUGCAUGGUGUUUUUUUAAUCACUUGUAUGUUUAUGCACAGCAUGAAGCUUCAAUAAAAAUAUGGUAGUCUUUUUAA